AUGGGCUCGCGGAUGGCGUUGCUGGCGUUGUGCGUGGCCAUGCUGGCUGCAGCUUUCGCAGAGUCUCCGGAUCUCAGCUGCGCUUUGCAGAAGCGGCCGAAGUGGCUGGUCGACGGGCCUCUUGGCCCCGAAGUCGCUUUGCAGACGGAGCAGACUGAGGCUUCGGAGGAUCUCAGCUCAGCCGGCUCAGCCUCGGCCUCGGAGCUUGGCGCAAUGUGGUUGAGUCCCGGCGCGCGCUUCCGCGGGGGGAGGUGUUUGAAGGCCAGGCGGGCCAGGCCUUCCUGGGCGCAGCAAACGCAGAAGCGGCUGGUCGACGCGAAGCUUGCGAGGAUCCUCCCGGAGAAGGUGACUUGUCCACCGGGACAGAUGGUCAUCGGAGAUUUUUCAGAGACUUCCUACAGCUUCUCAUGCUGUGACGCCGGCAUCCACUGUGGAGGCUGCCGCAAAGUCGCCAAGGGGCGUUGCACAGAGUGUGCUGCUGGCUAUGUCCACCAAGAGAUUCCGAUCCUCAACGUCUCCUUGUGCUUCCUUUGUGAUGAUGUUCCUGGCUGGCAGGAUGCACAGGGUCUGAGUUGCCGAGAUUACGAAAGCCUCGGCUAUUGCUCAAGCCAUGACGAGGAGCCGUUCCGGGGCUUGAGCGCCAGUGAGGCGUGCUGUGCCUGUGGCGGGGGCAGUGUGCACGCGACCCCAACCAGGGUGCCAUUCAUGGGCAAAUCCCUGUACUUUGGCCAGAGCAUCGACACUUUUCCAGAGCCUCAGGCUUUCAGCACCCAAGUCGGAGCCUGCAACUUGGCAGAGUCCGUCCUGCAGAUCGCAGGGUCGGGCGAAGUGUCAGGAAAGGUUUCAUCCUCCUCGCGGCUGAAGUGCUCGGUGAUGCUAACACAGGAUCCGAUGCGUGGCAUCUUCAGCCCCGUGUCCUUCAGCGUGCCGGUCUCCAAUUUCUCCUACGGCGACCAGGUCUUGGCCUUCAGGUACUGGGGUUUGGACACGAUACCAGCAACAGGAGGCUUCCCCGUCCAGUCCGGGCAGAAGUGGGAGAACUUCCAGCUAGUCUGCAACCCGUCAUGCCCUUGGCUUGAGCUUCGGACGGACGGCACAAUUCUCAGCAAAUGUCUCGGCUUCAGCAAGCACGUGGAGAUGCCCACGCUCUCCCGAUUUGGUGGCAUGCCCUCGUGCAGCUGCCAGGUAUCGGCGCGGGAAGCCGCGCUUUUGCCAGCCUCAACCGCCUCCACCAGCUUCUUAACAGUCCAAGCGAGGCUGUGGAAGGCAGGCGUCUACGAGGUGGCUUCAGUGCAAGCUCGCAACGGCGUCCCAUUGCAGCCCUCGCGGCUGCAGGAACAGGUGGAGGGCCUUCGCUGGUACGACGGCGAAGGUGAGAGCUGGAAGUUGCCGGUUCUGGAGAAUGCCAGCAGCGGGCAGCGCUUCGUGGUCUCACCGUCGCUGCCCCCAGAGCUCCUGGACGUUCAGUGCCGCGACGCAGACGGCAAGGCCGCUACCUAUGCCUGGUCUCGUCUGACGGGGGACCUGACCCGCGAUGGCUUUUCGGCCUUCAACUUGGACCCUCGCAGCGGCCUCGUUUCGGGUACUCCGCGGCUGGAAAUGGCCCUCUCCGCAGAAGGCCGAGGCAGCCUGGAGAUUCACUGCAGUGUGGCUCUCGGUGGCAGCCUGUACGACAAGGUCCUGCCGGUGGCACAGAUCACAGUGCACGUCGUGGACGACAUGUGCUGGGUCCCGGCUCAGGUGUCAGGCCAUUUCCGCUGGAAGCAGUUCAGCAGCAUGGCGGCCUGCCUCGCGCUAUGCCGCGAACGUGCGGAUUGCGCGGCGGUUCGUGAUGCGAGUCCUGGCUGCCACGUAAUGGUGAGCGACGGGGAAAGCGAAGCCUUCACAGGUUCGGUGCUGCUGCGAUUGGAAAACUGCUCGGAGGAAGACACGGGCCUAAACCUGACGUCCAAGGGUGCCAGGUACUUGCAGGGCGUUUUGGAGCCCUCCAACGAUUACAGGGACCAGGUGUCGUACUCUCGUGCAGGGCUCACGCCGCAGCUCCAGCUCCACCUGGUGCAUCGCAGCUUCGCGGAGAUCCAGCUGCCGAAGAACUGCGAUGCUUCGUCCUGGCUGCUUUUGCAUGCGAACGUUUCGGAUUUCCAGAACGGAAGCAUGAAGGCGCCGGAGUACUUCGGCGCAGCCGUGGCCUGCAUCGACAAAGACGUUGUUGCCGGUGCCUUCAGCAACGGCUCAGAGAAGUUUGACCUUCGCCUCCUCCCGUCGGAACUCGACGACACAAUCGAGAAGCCAAAGGCUCUCCAGUCGGCGGAGCUCUCUCUGGCCAUGCCGACGUGCAAGCAGCCAUCUGCGGGCUUCGUCGUCGGUUCCGUGGAAGACUCAGAGCACUUCUCCUUGGAUCCAUGCGAAUGCUUCGGAGAGCAGCACGCCCGAACGAGCCCAGUCACCGAGUCCUCCAGUGCGGCCGUGCCCAGGGUCGGUCCCUUCAACAACGGCUCCGUCAAAGACCAGCUGAUCUCCUCUGGGCCCUACACAUGCGAGCACAUCUCUCGCAUCCACCACUUCGCUGCUGCGACUCUGGCGAGCUGUGCAACUGCGUGUAACGCUAACAGCAAUUGCAGCUUCUACCAACUCGGUGUUGCUUCAGAGAGCUGCACGCUCUUCCGGCGUUGCGAUUACCUUCAGCAGAUUGACCUGCAGCUGGUCAACAAGUUGUAUGGUGUUGCUCCCACGGGAAACUUCUGUCGCAUCGCGGAUCCCGAGCAAUGCUGGGAGAAGAUCAAGCGCCGCAGCUAUCUCAGCUUAUCGCCAUCCAGCAUUCCCCACUGCCUCUUCCAGGCUCAAUACGAUGCAUGCGACGCACUGCAGCAGAUCUCUGGAGAGCAGGCCGGGCAAUGCCAGCGGUGCCAGUACCUGGAAUCCAGCAGCUCGUACGCUGCCACAGGAAUGAGCAAGGUGCCUUUGCCCGAAGACUUCCCAUCAGGUUCGCAGGUUUCCAUCGGUUGCAACUACACUGGUCGCUUGUUCUCCAGGCUAGAGAACGGCUUGAAAUGGGACGGUCCGUGGCCUUCGGCGGUCUUCACCUGCGUCAGCGGCAAAUGGGUCGGGGAGCCGGGUGCGUGGCAGCACCUCGAGAACCUUACAUGCCUGCAGUGCAUCCAGCUCGGGACGCCAAGCCUGCGGCGCCUUACCGAAAUCACGCUUCCUGAAGUGUAUUUUCUGGAGCACCGGCGAAUACAAGUGACCCAUGCCACGACGGCAGGGCCGGGUUGUGCCACCGCCAGCAAGCAGACGGCUUCUCCCUUGGAGGUGCUGGUGCAAGCUGAGGUUUGGAUGCAUGUGUGCAUUUCGAAGAAAGAGAUCGUGCUCUCAGCUUGUGGUGAAACUCCAUCGUUCUACCAGGAUGUGCAGUCGCGACUCCAUGUGACAGGAGAAUCAGAUGCUUGCCUCAAGUACCAGCAGGGCAAGCUCGCGAUCUGCAGCUGCACGGAUCCAGGGGCGUUGCAUCUCGAGAGGCAGCGCCUCAGGCUUGGCUCCAAAUGUGUGUUCGCCCCAGACAUCCAGAAAGACCCCGGUGGCUUUCAGAUGGUCGAUUGCGAUGCCUUCGGCCUUUGGCAGCUUUGGAGCUUCAGUUCCGGGAACUGCAUCUUCGGCAUGGACAUAGUGGACACGGCGGACCGUGCCUGGAACUUCUCCGUGGCGGUGCAGGGAGACGACAGUGAGCUGCAGUUGGUGCAGAUGAAGUUUGAACCCGAACGCCAGUCCGAGCCGGUGCGGCCGGCGUAUUCCUUGAGUCAGUCGAACCAAUACGUUUCGAUAUGCCUGACCGUGCGGGAUGGGGCAAUUGUUAUCGCAGAAGGACCGUGCGAAGGUGGCUUUGUCAUCGAGGAUUUCUCGAAUGGGAGCACCAUCGCCUACUAUCCGGAUCCGAACCUGCAGGAGGAUCCCUACUACCUCUGGACCGACGGAAUUAGAGUCGGUCUGUUGCGCACCACCGAAAGCUUGCCGGACGCGGCUCUCUGGAGAAUUCUUCCCGACACAUGGAAUGGCGGCACGGUGAAGCUUCAGAGCGUGCACUGGGGUUACUGCGUGGCAUCUCCAGGGGAAGCCCCGCUGGAAGUCAACGACGACCCAAGCUUCAACAACGAAGGUCCGUGGAUGUCAGCCGGGUGCCUCGAUACAUUCGUGACUGGGCUUUAUGCACAAGGCGAUCAUGACCUCGAAAACUUCGUGCUAUGCGGAAACUGGGAUGACGCCACGCAAACCUUCCUUUAUAUGUCUUAUGUUGGGGGCGGGUGCAGGUCCUUCGAAAAGACGCUGACGGAAAUUGCGAGUGAGGUAACCAUGGAGUGCCCGGACGGCCAGGCCCUUCAUGACGUUACCGCUGCGCUGCCAUCUCACGGCCAUCACUUUGCUCCGCAGACCUUGUCUUGGCAAUGCUGCGACGUGUCGCCUCCACCUUACGUGUGGUUUAACCGGUGGCACACCUACGAGCUGAGGGCCACGUUAAAAGGGGACAAGUGGAUCUACUCCUGCGAACAUGGGAACGACAAUGAUGAUGACAACGAUCUGGGCACGUUCCAAGGCUCCUUUAUGACCGGGCUGACGUGGGCCCGCCAUGAGGACGAUUCCAGAGUCCAUUGUGUAUCAGGGAUCCAGAGCCUGAGUCCCAGCGACUCCGUAUACUUGUACGAGUGCGACGACCCGUCCUCGCCCGCCUUCGUGAAUUGGGCCAUGGAUGCGCUGCCAUCGUCGUCAAGGGCAAAAGCAUCCUCGGCUCUUCUGGAGGAGCUGUCGAGCUGCCAGGCAUGCCAAGCAUCCCUCUUCGUCGACUUGAACGAGAGCACCUUCAACAAGUCCGGAGGGAUUUCCGAAGCCAGGAAUCUUUCGCUACAGGUUCAGAGCGCUUCCGAGCUUUCCGUGCAGCAGAGGCAGGGCUACCAGUACGUGCCCCAGCUGAAAGUUUUGGAGAGGACCGGCGAGAAGGAAGAGGUGCUCUUCGUCUGCCAGCUGGAGGCAACCUUCGGGGCCAGCCGCCUCUGUGCCUUCCAGGCCUCUGUCAGCCCGAGUGAUCUGCAGGGGGCCUAUGCCACGGGCUCCAACGUGACCGUCGAAAAGGUGUGCCCUCUGCUCAUGAACACGUCGAUGGAGAAGCUCCCAAGGUCGGAAGCUGAGCCCGUGUCUGGGCUCCGAGGCCUGACGAUGAAGAGCUUCUCAGACAUGAUGAUGGACCAGGCCUACGCGAGCGUCGCCUUCGGGAGCCCAGAGAAGUGGCCCUUCCUCUUCCACGGUUUUGGUGCUGAGCGGGCUGAUGCCGUCGGAUUCCUCAGCGUCCCGAAGAACGGGGACACCUUCUGGGGCCUCAGCUGCCCUCCGCAGGCUGUAGUUGUCUCCGAGGGGCAGACGCUGCCUCACUGCUUGCACAUCGGCGCCUCGGAAGACGAGAUGAACUUCACGUCCUUCUCGGGGAGCGCGGCUUGUCCGGCUGGCACUGCAGUCAGCGGCUGGUACAACCUGCCCGGGAUUCCCGUGAAGAGCGGGACGAGCGAGCUCAGCGAGAAGGGAGGCCCGGCCACUUGGACAGGGCUUCAGGUCUUCUGCCGCAAGACUAGCCUCCUGGCGGCCUGUGCGCAGCCCGAAAAAAGCCACUGCGAGGUGGGCCACGUGGUGAACGCUUUCAGCUACAGCGGCAACCAGUUCAAGCUGGGCUGCUGCAGGCUUCAGAAGCCCAUGGGCGCCAAGCUGACCCCAGAUCCGCGGAAAGCACGGCUCUAUGACGGCUUCGAAGGCUACUACUGCCCUGCGGCCAUGGGUUCCACGGGGAUGGCCCUGUACCGGAAGUCGCAGAUCGGCGCCUUGGGAGAGCCAGGGACCUCCAUGGACUUCAAUUGGACCCUGAGCUGGGACAAGUUUGAUGGCGCAUGGGUCUUGCGUCACGGCCGGGAGCAGUACGCUUCCGUAGAGAGCGACGCUGUGUCACCGCUGGAGAUAGAGGCGACUGCCAAGUUCUCCGCAACUAAGAUCGAGGCGCUCACGACAGAGGCCGCGAAGCCCAAGGUGCAGAGCCCAUUCCCAAAGAAGAAGCCCACGUACCCGAAGCUCGUCCAAUUCCGGCCGGUGCAGCCUGAUUACAAGGCGUACUGCAAUCCGGCCUUCCUGCAGAACCCAAGCCUCUUCAAAGGCUCCAUCUCAGACACCAACCCAUGCUACCACACCUUCCAUGCGGAACUCGUGAAGGGCGUGCCGGAGACGAAGGGAAUCACCGAGAAGUCGUUCUGGUCCUGCGCCGACCGUGACACAGCGCGGCGGUACCUCUCCAGCAUGGCCGAGUACUCGACGGGCAAGGCGAAAGCAGAAGCAGCGAAAGACUCGAAGACGGUGAAUAUCAUUGAGACUUCGCUGUCGCUUGCUGCAGCCAUCGUUGGAGCAAUUCCUUGGGGCAGCUGGGGAGCCUCGGGUGAAGCGAGCGUGAAGGACACCACCGUGCGGACAGAGGCGACCACUGCUGAGACCCUGGACGAACGGGUGCAGCAGGCAGCACAGCAGGACCAGCAGGAUGCUCGAGACAUGGCAACUCAGACCGACGGGAACAUGUUCGACGUAAGCCAAGCUGAGCCGGUGGUUGCCAAGAACAGCGAGCUGACCAAGACGAUCGCCUCGAGUGUCCAAUCCAUCCUCGGGGGCGUAUCCACCGGCCUGGGGUACUACGACGAGUUUAAGGGAGCUGCGGAGGAUGCAGCCAAAGGGGAAGAGUCGCCUUUGAAAAUCGCUAAGGAGAUCCAGAAGAAAACGCUCCCCGACUUCGAGGCGCCCAUCUACGAGUUCGACAAAAAACUGGCCGAAGCCUCGUGGAAUGACUGCGUGCCACUGCAGUUUGGCCUGUCGAAGGUGAUGUGCGACCUCUUCUGCGUGGAGAACUCCGUGCGAGAGGGCACCGCAGCCAUCCUCGAGAGCCUUUCGGACUCUCAGCAGGUGCUUCUCGAGAACCUCCAGGCCUUGCUGAAUUACCAGACCGAGUACAUCCUCUGGGCGAUUGGGACCUUGGCCAAGAAGGACCACGACGGCAGAAACAAGCACGAUGCUCCGGCACCGGAGGCCAGUACACUGCUCGAGGAUCUGCAGAAGAUCGACUUUGAGGACAUGGCAAAAGUGCAGCCGAGAGAGAUUCUGACCUGGCAUGCAACUGCCGGUGAGCAGUUGUACUCUCGCAUUGCUGCCUUGGUAGUGAAUGCCUCGAAAGAAACCUGGCCUUUGCGGCUGAAGUCUGCUAGGGGAAUGCUGCACCAUUUCACCGCCGCUUUUCAGCAGCGGCUACGUGCAGGUGCUCCGCAGGAGUCUCAGGUGGCAAGCAAGCUCCAAGUGCUGCGCUCUGGGGUGGCCCGGCAUCGGGAGCGCGCGAAGACGAUGCAAUCACUGCAUGUGCAGAUGGGCUUCAAGUCUGUGUCCACUCCAUUGGUCGAGGCUUUCCUCCACGUCCAUGAGAAGCACAGCACCUACAGCAUGCUGGAGAUGAGAGCUCUUGAGCUGAUGGAUUCCGCCGUCGUGUCGGCCCAGAAUUUCUCUCAAUGCGACAGGGACAGCAAAGCCAUGCGCGAAAGCUGGCAGCGUGCGAUGUGGGCCGAGGAAAGAAGCCAGGAGGCUUUGCUGGAGGCCUGGGCCGCCACGGUGUCCGGUGCCGAGCGGCUUCUCAUCGCCCUGAAGAAUGAGCAGCUCUUGUUGCGCCUCGUGGAUUUUGCCAAGGAGGACAUGGACAUGGAGCCAUUGUGUGGCGACACGCAGCGGCUGGUGCAGCAGUUCUACGGUCGGGCCGUCUCCUUGCUGGACCGUGCUGCAUGGCCCCUGGUGCAGCAGGCGAUUACCUUCCAGGCCGUGGCAUCUUACCAGGAGCGCCAGCUGCAAUUGAAGCGCUUGCAGUACGUCCCCUUGCCCGAAAUCUGGCAGAGCCUGAAGAAGCAGCUCGCUGCCGUGGCGGAGCCCUCACAGUUGGAAGGCUCGCAGGUGGCCGCAGAGGCGCUGGCGGCCAUGGGCCCGGAGCUCUGUCCUGGGCCCCAAAGCUGCCCACGAGGACUUCAGCUCACCGAGGGCUUCGAGGCCCACGGCCGUGCCUGCAGAGACAGCGCAAAGACGGUGCAUGUGCUGUCGCCCCACGCGGCGGCCGGCUUGGUCCAGCAUCUGCACCUGCGUUCGGAGCCCCUGCGCAGCUUGGCGUUGCUGCAGGAGGUGGAGCUGGCAGUGGAAGGUCGCCCGGCGGGGGUGCCAGCUUGA